AUGGCUUCGGUCGUCCUCUCUACGGGCUCACCUACUGCCCCGACUUCUGCCUCGUUCGCUAACCUCACCACGACGAUGACCGUGAACCUCGCUCCAUUCCCUGCCCCAUCCGACGCCAUUCCCAUCAACGACACGCUAGCCGCCUACCGUCGUCACUAUCAGCCCAUCUUCAAUAUCGAUUACCCUGGUCAGGAUGCCCUUCCUUGGAUCUGGGCUCCAAAUUUCGACGAGUGUCUACACCGCUGCGACAUGUUCAAUGCCAAACACUUGGGCAACGGGACGGUGCUCUGCAAGGCUGCGCUGUUCGCCCCUAGCCGCAUCAAUGGUCUCAAUGACUGCUACCUAAAGUUAUCGCUCAAUAAUCCUCAGCGGGCUAACCUGACACUUAUUGGUGGCGUCAAGUUGGCAUGUAACGAGACGAGCAUAUCCGUGGCUCUGCCUACUGUCAGCUUCAACAGCACCUACACUUCGUCGAUGACUCCGAUAAAGAGCUUCCAGACCAACUCGAUCAACCCUAAGCCAACUUCCUCCUCCAGCAAGAGUGAUACCGGCCGGCCUUCGAUCACCUUCUCCAGCUCGACCAUUGAAGAGACUCCGUCUUCAAGCGAUACUCACACCAGAGAGACAGGCUUGACUUCAAUCACUCUUGACUCGAGCGCGAAGUCUGCCGCCACUACUUCGAGCCUGGACACUUCGCCCACCACAUCUCCGCAUGCCAUCGAAGCUAGUCACUUGACUCCGCCAUUGGAUUCAGAGCCCGCAGUGUUGACUGUGCCAACGACUGUUCAUACGCAUAAGAUUUGA